AUGUCUGCGACUGCGAGCGUCAUGUCCUCUCACUCCGAUUCGACGCCGCGUGCGCCUGACACUGCGAGUGGAGAAGCGCGCACACUGGAGCGCGAUAGUGAAGAGAUUGACGACUCGCAUUCGUUGGACGGCGACACGCACUCGAUUAACGACGACGACGGCGACACGCACUCAAUUGACAACAUCACGCACUCAAUUAACGACGACGACGACGACGACGACGACGACGACAACGACGACAACGACGACGACUACGACGACACACACUCGAAAGAAAAUCUUGCACCCCCGACGGACCAUCUUGCACACUCAAUCGGCCGCAACGACCUCGCCUUCGCCCCCGUCGCGCUGGCGCAGUACCACGACAUUGCGGAGAAGCUGGCCGCCAACAACAUCUUCCGCAUCCUGCGCUCGCCUGCGCCCAUUCGUGUGUGGGUGUACCGCUCCCUCUUCGCCGAGACGCGCCUGUGGGACGCGUGGAACCGCUCGUCGUCGCGCAGCGCCAUGGACCGCCAACACCAAGACCGCGAGCAUGAGGACCGCGGAGAGGCGGAAAGCGUCGCCGACUCCGACUACGAUGCAGACACGAUCCAGGCGCGCCCCUACCUCACAAGACUGCGCCUCGCCCUCGCCCCGUACACGGUCCACUUCCGCAGCCCAGGGUACGUGCGCGACGAAACACUGCGCAUGCUGGAGCGGGACGUGGUCAAGAAGACGCUCGAGGACUCGCGGAAGCGCAUCGAGCUGAGGGAGGAACUCGGGCUGUCGUGGGAGUUCUGGGACGAUCUCGCCGGCGUGCUGAAGGCCGCCAUACCCUCGCUCGAGAAGCGCUGCUUUGCCCAGCCAGACCCUGCCGCGCCCGAGUACGAGGGCCUGUCUGGGCCGCUGAUUGCCGGCUACUCGCCGAAUCUGCUGAGGGAUCUCGAGAAGCUGAAUCAACUCGUGUGCAUCGCCCGCAAUGUGCUGGUCCACGGCGAGCGCGUGCAGAAUCUGAGCGCCGAACGCCUGUUCGACAAGGACAUCUUCAACCUGGUCAAUGUGUGUGUGCGAGUCACCGCGCGCGGCUACGACGGCGAAGCAGGCACGCAGGACGAAGACAAGUGGCAGGGCGUCAUCAACGCCUACAAAAAGCUGCUGAUCACCUGCCUGCAGUUCCUCAACAACCUCAUCGCGAGGAACGAGCAGCGCAAGCUGAUGCUGUGGAUCGAGCUGUUCGACAGCCACCUCGACAACGAGCUGCCCAACUUCGCCGACAUGAAGUACAAAAUGGACGAGUUCAACCCCGACCAGAACGCGCCACACGAGCAAGAACCGCCUCCCGACCACCAGCCAGCAAGAAGCCUCGACACCUUCAAGAUCCCUCAGCAGCCUGCCUCGUCGCCGUUUCUGCUGUAUAUUGGCGAGACGGGCAACGAGGUCAAGAAGGCGCUGAUGCAGCAUGGCGACAAGGCUGGCGCCAACGAGAUCGCUGCAGAGUGCCGGAGACGGUGGCAGACCAUGGGCGAGGAGGAGAAGAACAAAUGGAACAUGCUCUACGCCGAUGUCGUCGCGAGAUACCGCGAUCAGAUCACGCAGUCCAGCACCUACAAAAAGGUCGUGGACCAGCACGCAAAGAAUGAGGAGAGCGUCCAGGCGCUCGCCAAAAGCAUCAACCAGCUCCAAGUCGAAGUCGACAGGAUGCGCUCCUCCAUCGCCGUGUACCCUGACGGAUCCAACGACCAGGAAGCCGCCCCGGUCGAGGCCUCGCAGCCCGCCAGGCCCGCAACCGAUGACUCGCUGCUCGACCCCAGCAUCAAGCGGUCGCCCCCGGCAGGUGAGAUCGAUUUCCGUGUAACCUACCCGCCAUCCUUCGGUGCCGAGAUCCUGCAAAAUGGCAAGGACGACCUGUUGAAGCGUCUGGAGCCAGACCCCGACCGUCCUGGGCUAAUCAGCCAUGUAGCCUCUCCCACCUCUCCGCCGCCCGAAGACGACGACGACAACGACGACGACUACGACGACAUUCCCGGCGACGAGGGGCGGGGCCUGCUCACCGACGUGCCGCUGAUCCUGGGCCCGACCGAGAUCGAGGUGCUGCCCAUGAUCAUCAUGGCAGGUAUCGUGGAGCCAUCAGAAGGGCAGCCAGGAUACCACUCGGACCCCACCGUCUUCAGCAGUGUGCGCAGCAUGCACGGGGUGCGCUGCCACCUGCUCCUCGCCCAGGACAACGGACGGAAUCUGCUGAGAGAGCUCUUGAUCUUCGUCGCGGCCUGGGACCUGCGGGAGGAAGAGCUCUACUUCCGCUUCAUGGUCAAGAUCAUGGAGGCUAUCCUCGCCAACCAGCUGCUGCCCUUCGCCUACCACGCGUUCCGAGAGUCAGAAUCCAAGGAUAUCAUCUCUCCCGCGCAAGCUGUCAUCAUGAAGCUGCUGACCAACAUAUUCCGUGCAAGACAAGCACGCGCACAGCCAGCCAAGGGCAUCGCCAAGUCAGCGCCGCCGCAAGUCGACCAGGGCGAUGUACAUAUGGUCAACUUCCUCCUCACCGAGUUCCGUCGACACAUCAUCCCCCAGACGUGCGCGCUCAUCUUCCUCCAGGGACAGAUCCGCGCCGGCCAUGCGCAGCCCGAGGACUUCCCCCUAAAUCUAUGGGACAUGGAGCGCAUGUACGAGGGCGUGUACCAGUAUCUCGAGUUCUUCGCCAUCCUCACCGAGCACGAGACGUGGAAGAGGAUGCUGUCGAACUGGGAGAUUGCGAAUGAGCUCGUCACAUUGUUGAAGGAGCUGGAUGCUGCGAUCCCCAAGGGCCAACUCAACGUCCCUCCUCUCCGCCACUCCACACCCGCACCUGCACCCCCGCCCGUACCCCCUCCCGCUCCAGCAGAGACCGAUACCGCAUCUCAACAACCACCCCCCGUAGCCGUCGAGCGGCCCUACGACCCCGCGCCCUCGCACACGGAAUCCUACAUCCCACCGCCUUCCUCGCCCUCACCCCGUCCCUACAUGGACGAAGCCGCCGACGAGCCCUCCGACUUCGAAUGGCGCAACCUGAAGAAACUCGCCGUGCUCGUCCUGUCAUCUCUUGUAUGGAAGAACACACUGGUACAAAACCAGAUCCGGCCCCUCGGCGGCAUCGAAGCCGUGCUGAACUGCUGCUCCUACGACGAGCACAACCCGUACAUCCGCGAGCACGCCAUCAUGUGUCUGCGCUUCCUUAUGGAGGGAAACCGAGACAAUCAGGACCGCAUCCGCGCACUUGAGCGUUACGAUCAGCUGCGCGACGGCGCCAAACCCGUCACGCCCGUCGAGCAGAGUCUGCAGGAGCGGCUGAUGCGAGACAAGGUCGAGAAGGCCGGCGCGAGGGGCGUUCCUGUCGGCGUUAGCGUCAAAGUCCCAGAUGAAGUGCUGGAUCAGCAGGGAUACGAAACGUACAUGGAUGGCAAAGGACAGGUCAUGCUGAGGAAGCGGCAGGUAGCGAGCGAAGCGAGCCAAAGCACAACAAGCCAGGCGUCUCCUGUGCCUGCAAGCAGCACGACCGCAGGGCAUCAGUCCGCAGGAACCCAAAACACCCCCGCGCCCCUACCCAGCGGGCACAUGGCCGGUCAGCAAACCACGUCGACGGCAGAGUCGCGCGACCCCAAGGCCCUGGAAGACCUGGUGCAGCAGGUGAUGCGCGAGCUCCCCUCCAAGACAGCACUGCCGCGCUCCGGCGAGGCCGAGGCGCUGAAGAAGCUGGAUAGGGGGUUCGAUGGGUCUGGGUCUGGAUCUGGAUCCGGUGCCGGGUCUGGGCGGUGA